AUGUCUCUCCGUCAUAUGAAAAGAUUAGAGCAGCUGAACAACGUCUCAACUAUAGCUGACAACGAUGACGAAAUUGACGAUGUUCUGCCGCCUCCGAAGAACAAAUCCAUGUUCCAAAUGCGGAAUAAAGCCAAGAACAAGAAGAAGAAAAACAACUCCAAAGUCGAUGACGACAUCGAGAAAGAGCUUCGAUUCAUUGAAGACGAAAACCAGGCACCGAAGCAAAUUGUCGAAGAAACUUCGAGCGAAGAAGCGAGCAUCGACUCUCUACUGACAAUCCAGUUGAAACUCCUGAAGUACGAGAAUGAAGUCUACAGAAAAUUCGGACCAGAGGCCGUCAAAGCUGAAGGCGGGCUCGCUGGCGCCAAGGGUGGACCCCGUAUCGCCAACCGGAGCAUCCUCGUACGGGACGCGGGAUCUCAUUACGUCGAGAUGCGAGGGCGUAGAGUUGGAGGGGUCACCAUGGUGCCGACCGAUACCCCGGAUCAAUUCGAGUUCCGCUUCUCAUCUGACUAUUGGCAGGUGCAGGGGGAAUUCGCUUUUGCGGUAGACUUCGGCGAUUCUGCAGGACUCCUCGAGAUGCUGAUAGAGAGGAUUUCAGAUCACGUGGACCUACUCAUUCAAGCGUCCGACAUGCUCAGGGAAGAGGGAGAGGUUCCUCGAUCAGCUGAUUUGAUCGAACGGGCUCUGUAUAUUCUCGAAAAAGCUUUCCAUCCGUCGUUCAAUCUACAUAGUGGGAAAUGCCGACUAGAUUACGCUUGCAAACCGAAUCGAGCGUUGUACAUCACUUUGUUCCUGCACGCGUAUCAUAUAUCGUUGAAGGGAUGUCCGAGGACGGCUCUCGAAGUCUCGAAAGCCAUACUUUCGUUGGACCCCUGUCAUGAUCCUUUGGCUGUUUUGCUCGUCAUGGACAAUUUCGCGAUCCGAGCCCAUGAAUACAAAUGGUUGAUAAAUUUUUUCGAAGUUAUGCAAAAGAAUGGGAGGAAUCUGGACGGACUGCCGAACAUGGCUUACUCCGUCGCCUUAGCUCAUUUCCACCUCAAGGAAUAUGAUAAAGCCGAUGACUUGCUGAGAAAAGCUCUUCUUCGCUUUCCCAACGUUCUGAAAGCGGUGGCCGACAAAAACUCGGUCAUGAUGGACAGAACCUCAGCUGGUGUUUUCGACAAGUUCUACCCUGAGAAUCUUUUCGUCGACUUGUACGCCGAGAGGUGUGCUCACUUAUUCAAAGAGGCGAAUGUGAUGCAAUGGAUGGAAAAAGUCUGCUUGGAGAUCGCUUCGAGCCCUGAUCGCCCCGAGAAGCCGACCACUCCGAAAUACCCCCGGAACCUUCUGCGUCACAUCACAUUAUCACACGUCAAUGGAGUCAAGUUGCAGCCAAGGCAUCUACCGAAGGCGGACGAAACGGUUUAUGGCUUCGAUCCAUUCCCCCCGAAAACAUCUUACGGCGAUCUUACUCAAAAGCUGCCCCAGCGAAACUUGGAUGUCCUCGACGGCCUCCCCGAAGCGACGAUCAAUAAUUUCUUGAAUUCACUCAACCCCAACUGGACUGGACAUGAGGACGAUCAGAAUGUCGGAUCGAGCCUCAGGAGAGGAGUAGGAAGUCUCGUCGAAGCUGUCGUCGAUCUCAUGGGCAACAUCAUGGACGCCCGGAAUGAAGCCAACAACGAACAGGAAGCACAGGGUGACAAUCCGGCACCGAAUGAGCGUCAAGACGAUGCGCAGCAGUGA